AUGCUGACCAGACUGUGGGCGCAUAAAGAGCCCACGCGGCCGUUCCUGCUCGAGUGGAGAGCCUCAAAGGGCUUCAUCAUUUUCGUAGUCUGCUUUGCUGUUUUCACGGAUAUCUUGUUAUAUGGAAUUAUUGUCCCGGUUACUCCAACUGCACUCAACGAGAGAGCUGGUGUGGGUGAAGAUGAUGAACAGAGGUGGACCUCCAUCUUACUAGGUCUCUACGGCGGAGCCCUCCUCGCAUUUUCUCCCCCGGCCGGCUACCUAGCAGACCGAAUUGAAUCGCGACGCUGGCCACUAAUAGCCGGUCUCGUCGCCCUCGGCGCCUCAACUGCCCUCCUCUGCGUGGGAACCCACAUUGGGCUCUGGAUCGCCGGCCGUCUAUGCCAGGGUGCGUCGGCAGCCGUUGUCUGGACGGUUGGCUGUGCUCUGCUCGUCGACACUGUCGAUAAGGAUGGGCUUGGCCAGGCUCUUGGGUAUAUUGGCAUGGGGAUGACGUUUGGGGCGAUGGGGGGCCCACUAGUUGGUGGGGUAUUAUAUGAGCAUGGUGGAUAUUAUUCAGUUUAUGCGUUGGCGUUUGCGCUAAUUGCGUUGGAUAUUGUGUUUCGGGUUGUUAUGAUUGAGAGGAAGCAUGCUGUUAAGUGGCUGAGGGACGAGAGUGAGAGUCAAGGUGAAGGCGAGGAGGCUGUGAGGGAAGGGGAGAAACGUGGAGGACCGGGAGAUGAUGCCUCUCCAGGAGCUGGGACUACAGACCUUGAUAUCGAGCGCCAGAAAGAGUCAGGCCCUUCAUCACAACCGGUCUUCGGACCAUCCACCGAUGCUCCCAAUGCCACCACACCAGAGUCAACGCCUCACCCAACGACCAAGAAACGAAAAGGCGCCCUUUACACCCUCCUCGCCUCCUCGCGCAUCCUCGUCUGCCUCUGGGCCUACUUCAUCCUCUCCCUCCUUCUAACCUCCUUCGACAGCGUCCUCCCCCUCUUCGUCGAAGAAACCUUCCACUGGCAGCAAACGGCGCAGGGUUUAAUCUUCAUCCCACUAACAAUCCCACACAUCAUCGACCCGGUAAUCGGCUUCAUCAACGACCGAUACCCUUCGUCCCGGCGGUACAUCGCCUCGGGUGCAUUCUUCGCCGCUAUCCCCGUCCUCGUCUGCCUCCGCUUCGUGGAUCACGCCUCCACGCGGAAUAUCGUCCUCCUCUGCGCGCUUCUCGCGCUACUGGGCCUCUGUCUCGCAUCUAUGCUUGCGAUCCUCCUCGUCGAGGUCUCGUAUGUCGUCCGUGAGAAAGAAGAGAAAGUCCCUGAGGUUUGGGGUAAAGGUGGCGCAAUGGCACUGGCAUAUGGGGUACUAAACUCGGCGUUUGCAGGUGGGAGUCUUGUUGGGCCGUUUUUGGCGGGCUUUAUUAGAGAGAGUCAGGGGUGGGGGACUAUGGCCUGGGUACUUGCGAUUGUUGUUGGAAUCACGGGGGUUCCGGUGCUGUUGUUACUGGGAGGGUUCUUGUUUAAGAAGAGGAAGGGCAAUGAAGCAGAUGCAGAGGCUGUUGGGCAAUGA